GGAGGAAGACGAAGGAGAGGACUUCCUGGGCAGCAUGAAGCAGAGGGUGGGUUCGCCCCUGGACGGUGGCUGUGGCGGAGGGUUCUGGAUGGCCGCUGUGUCCGCAGCAGCUGGUGGAGCCAUGGAAUCUCCGGGUCUUCUGGGAGGACCGCAGGCGGAGACGGGGUUCAUCAGCAGCCAACCGUCCAUGGCGGAGUUCAUACUGCCUCACCACCUGGAGAUGGGUGGCGGUGACCCCCUGAGUCCCCAGCAAGGAUAUCCUCCCGGACUUGUUGACCAGGGAGUCAACGUUCAGGAGUACCCGUGGAUGAAGGAGAAGAAGACCACUAGGAAAAGCAGCCAGCAAGAGAAUGGUCUUCCAAGGAGGCUACGGACGGCUUACACCAACACCCAACUUCUGGAGCUGGAGAAGGAGUUCCACUUCAACAAGUACCUCUGUAGACCUCGCAGGAUAGAGAUUGCCGCCUCUCUAGACCUCACUGAGAGACAGGUGAAGGUGUGGUUCCAAAACCGGCGGAUGAAGCAUAAGAGGCAGACGCUGAGUAAACAGGCGGAAGAUGGCGACGAUAAAGACGGCAGUUCCGGUAAGAGCGGAAAAUCAGAAAAGUCUUUGCUGCUAGAUGAUAAGAAAAAGAGCUGUCAGAACUGUGAGCUUCCCCCCGGUGUGCUUGGCGAUCAUAUGCCGAGGAACAACAACAACAACAGCACAACCUUCAACAACAACAGUAACGCCAGUAGCGGCGGCAGCAGUGUCACCAGCACCCCGAGCUCCUUCGAGAAACUAGAAGACGACUCAAGGUCCAACGAGGGCAGUGGAGUGUUGACCUCUCCCGGAGGACUCAUUGGUGGGGUGAAAAGGCAUCCUUCGGAAGUAGUAGUUAAAGUUGAAGGUGGUUCCCUAUGUGCGUCCCCAGGUGUUGCGAAGAAGCCUAUAAUAUCUGUGAAGGACAAUCUCCUAGCAAAUCGACUGAUAAUGUCCCCAGACUCGAUGAACAAACCUCCUGGAGUUUUGACGCCUUCAUCGACGCCAGGUACUCCCUCGGGUCCGAGUCCUAUGGACCCGUCGGUUCCUGUAGGCCCUUACCCUCAGUCCCGACCGAGGAGCUCACCGACAGCGGCAACCGCCGUGGCGACAGCGACGGCGUCCGUGACGACAGUCCUCCAGCAUCCCAACCAGAACAUGAUAACUCCUUCGCUGGUUCAAAUAGUGCGGUGUUCAGCCCCCAAUAGUUUCCCUUCGCCGCCACAGCAGAGGGCGAACGCCACAGAUUACCGUGGACAGCCGUACAGACAUCCGACGCCAUAUCCCAGGGAUCUGUACACACAGAGGCCAUCGUACCCCGGGGACACCCCACCGUACCGGCAACAACCGCCGCGACAGAACGGAGUACAGAUGAUGGGUUCUCGACCUCCUUCGUCGCAGAUGCACCAGAACGUACGGUACCAACAAGUACAUCAGCAGUAUUGUGGUAGCUACAACGGCUACGGACAAGCCGAGUACGCAAACUAUCACAGGAACUAUCCGAACCAGCCGUACCCAGAUGAUCCUUAUGGGAUAGCCCCGGGCAGUACCAACUACGCGGCGUACCACGGGAACGUAUAUCCCGCAGGACAACCACAGGCCCAAGGGGUCAACCAUCCUCAAGAAGGUUACUACAACGAAGUCCAUCAGAACUACGAGUUCUCCGCCAAGCCCCACGGAGGUUACUACGAGGGGAUUACCCAUCAAGGAGGCGAGGCCUCCAGUGUUCCUAGCCACUACGGCGUCUCCUCCCCCGAGCAGUUCCCUAACAACUCGGCCCCCGCGCCUCCGGUCAUGACGCCUCCCAACAGUGUCCGAGCAGACUCCUCCGGAGACCAUUUCAACUCCUUUCACCACUUCUACAGCGAGCCACAAGCCCACCAUCCCAACCACCACGGGUCCGAGAACAGCAAUUCCUCUUCCGACUUCAACUUCUUGAGCAACCUCGCCAACGACUUCGCUCCAGAGUACUAUCAGCUCAGCUGAGACCUCCUGGUCAACUAAGA